CUGUUGAUGACGUGUUUCCUGUUCCGCCUUUUGUAUAUAAAUUCGUGCGGAACGGAAUGCUAUGUCUGUUCCUGCGGAAGGUGGAAAGCUAAUAGUACUACUAAGAACACAUGGCUGUGAGAAUUUUUUUGGGCGUCUUUGGAAAAAUGGAUGGAAUCUACACUUUGGAACCAGGGUCACUAGGUGAAGCAACAUGAUCAAGAUCAAUGGCAUUGGUUGGUGUGCCAACACUCUUCCUGAGAACCAGGGUGACUUUGCGUGAUGCAUCGUAAUCGGGAUCAGUGAAACUGGUUGCUGGACCAACAAUCAGCAGGACAUGGACAGUCGUCAGAAUAAGUGUGACUGAGUGAAGCAACAUGAUCAAGAUGAAUGACAUUGGUUGCUGUGCCAACAAUCUUCUUGAGAACCAGGGUGACUUUGCGUGAUGCAUCGUAAUCGGGAUCAGUGAAACUGGUUGCUGGACCAACAAUCAGCAGGACAUGGACAGUCGUCAGAAUAAGUGUGACUGAGUGAAGCAACAUGAUCAAGAUGAAUGACAUUGGUUGCUGUGCCAACAAUCUUCUUGAGCACCAGGGUGACUGAGUGAAGCAACAUGAUCAAGAUGAAUGACAUUGGUUGCUGUGCCAACAAUCUUCUUGGGAACCAGGAUGCUCAUUGUGGGUCGGGUUAACAAGAGGCCAUUGACAGGACUACAACUGCUGUGGUGCAAACGAUGAUUGGAUGUGUCAACACUGUAUGUUGUUACAGAAUAAAGAUCAUAUUUGUACUAACUAAAAGUUGAGCUCUGUUUUUAAACCACUGCUGUAAGAUGUUCUAGCAGCAUAAGAAACUUAAUAUUAAAAAUGAGAGAAAAGAAGACUCAUUUACUACAAAAUGGAUUGCAACUUUUUAGCCUACACAUUUAAGAUGAUAGCUAUAAAUGUUCAAUAAAAAAUUGAAGUUCAGUAAAUGGUCAAAGAUAAUGAUUGUUUUGCAGCUAGUAAUGGGGUAAAAAGCCUUAAACAAAUGGAUCUAAGAUAUUUAAAAAAAUGCUCAGUAUUAAUCAAAAACCCUAGUGCUGGUCUAAAAACAAACAAAUACUGAUUUUUCUUUCUCUGUGCAUUUAAAUUUACUGAAUCUACUGGUCCAAAUAAAACAAAAAAAUGUCCAGCUGUUGUUCCCAGGGCCAGAUCUUUUGUGCCUCUACUCUUUAAAAACUGAGAAAAAUAUAUUUAGGAGACUUGUAACUGUUACGUAAGCGAGACAAAAACGCCACAGAUACAAAAGCUGGCGAUUGGGCUUACUUUGCAGCUUUAGUAUUUUGAUACUUUACGGGGUACGUAACCGGAAGUAGCCCCUGUCCUGUCUGUGUUAAUAGCUAACAGGUACCCACCGGCUAAUUGAGUGAUACAGGAACACAAAGAAUACGGUCAGAUGGCGGGCGUUCACCCUCAGGACGACCUGCUGAAGAUGACACAUAGAGAAAACUGGAAGGUGCAGCACGAGCGUCUGCACGUGAAGCACAGAGGCCACGAGGCCAUGCACGCUGAGAUGGUGCUGAUCCUGGUGGCCACGCUGGUGGUGGCUCAGAUAGUCCUGGUGCAGUGGAAACAGCGCCACCACCGCUCGUACAACCUGGUGACUCUGGUCCAGAUGUGGGUGGUCCCACUUUACUUCACCAUCAAACUGUACUGGUGGAGGUUCCUGUCCAUGUGGGGAGUGUUCUCUGUCAUCACGAGCUACGUCAUCUUCAGAGCCACACGCCGACCUUUGUCCUGUAGGACACCCAGGUUUGACAUGUUAGCGGUAAACAAAAAUAUAUUCACAAAGCUUUGUUUUUUGAAAGCACAGGAGAAGGGAAAGUCUACUUGGCAUUUCUGCCUUUUUUGCAGGAUGGUGUACAAGUGGUUCUUGCUGAUCUACAAGCUGAGUUAUGCAGUUGGAGUCCUGGGUUACCUCGCCAUCAUGUUCACCAUGUUUGGCUUCAAUGUCUUCUUCAGAAUCAGAGCAGAAGACUCGAUGGACGUCGGCGUGAUCAUGCUCUUCUACGGCCUCUACUACGGCGUCAUGGGCAGAGACUUUGCUGAAAUCUGUUCUGACUACAUGGCUUCUACACUAGGCUACUACAACAAAGGAGGCCUUCCCAGCAGGAGUCUGACCUGUGACAUCUGUGCUGUGUGUGGGCAGAAGAUCCUGGUGGACGUGGAGGAGGAAGGCUUCAUCGAGGACACCUACCAGCUGUCCUGUGGACACAUAUUUCAUGAGUUCUGCAUUCGUGGCUGGUGCAUUGUGGGUAAGAAGCAGACAUGCCCGUUCUGCAAUGAGAAGGUGGACUUAAAGCAGAUGAUGAACAACCCCUGGGAGAAGACUCACGUCCUUUAUGGUCAGCUGCUGGACUGGCUCAGGUACCUGGUGGCCUGGCAGCCCAUUAUCAUUGGUAUCGUUCACGGUAUCAACUUUUCACUGGGCCUGGAAUAAUGCCCUGAGGGACACCGUCUGUACUGCCCUGCAGCCAACGUUUCAGGUCAGAUCCUUCAGCAGUCCGAGGGUCCGACCUUCUUGGGACGUCCGUGAUGUUCCGAGGAAUGUGAAGGAACCUGUGACUCGGAGUCUGCUGCUCUUGUUGCUGCUGCCACUCCUGCUGCCGCUGCUGCUGCUGCUGCUGCUGCUGCUGCCCCUGCUACAGUAUAUGAUCAGAUCCAGAUUUAGACUGGAUGUAGAAAACCUGCGACAGUGCCGCACUUAACUAUGUAUUUCAAAGGUGCCAAACUUUUAAAGUCUUUAGUUAGACUUUUAUUCUGUACAUUUCAGUCAGAAAUCAACCAAAAGCUUUCAGGGUGUGACAAAAAACUAAAUUAAAUUCCAUACCUGAUACUGACCUGAGUUGUUGAUACAUUGAAGCACUUGAAGUAUUUAUGUGUCUUAAGGAAAGAUCCUUAAGUUAAAGAUGUUGUUACAAACCCCAGGAAUAGGGAUCUGACUGUUCCUUGGUAAAACUUUACAACCUUUGAUUUUUAUUUAUUUAUUUAUUUUUUUACCAGAUCAUUGUUGCUUUAUUUCAAUGGUUGCUGCUGCUUUUACUUGAAUAUUAACCUUAAUUUAACAAGUUAAGUUUUAGUUUUGAAAUUUUAUUUAUUAAAUAUUUGAAAACCAAUUUCCUAGGAUCAAGUUUUUUUUAUUAAACCUAUUCUCCAUCACGGCAAAGACAAUAGAGGCAAUGAGCAAUUUUGGCUAACCGCACCACAAGUUCUCUCAAUCUGAUUAGGGCUUGGAUACCAUUGAAACCAGUCUUAAAAGCGUUUGCUGUUUGUUCUUUUUUCACAGUAAAUUGAAAUUUUCUAAAUUAUAACCAAACAACACAAAUGUCCCCAAAGAAAAUCUAAAUUUUGGGGCUGCUGUGUUGUUGUUGUUGCAUUAUCUCGUUAGUUUGUGUCAUAGAAAUGAAUCAAAGCACAGAUCACACAUUAAGAUUUACUGAUUGGUUCGCAGCAGAUCACAGACUGCUGUGAUGUUUAUUCACUGACCUCCUGUAUGGACUGUGGUAUGAGAAAGGUAUAAAAUAGAAAAGGCCAUAGAAAGAUAGAAAAAGGUGGUGAAACAAACGUUCUCUCCCUCAGUGGAAUUUUCAGGUUCUUCCUCUGUUUUUACCAUGUUUGUGAAGCCAAUGAAAUCAAAUAAAUUGAGCUGUAAUUUUAUAUCCAAACAGCAAAGACAUUUUUUGUCUUCUUGCUUCUUACUCUUGGGUUUCAUUUGGUUCAUUUUUUGUAUUUGUCUAAACAACAUCUAAGCAAUUUUUGUUUCCUUUUUAUAAUAAAUGUUUUACUUAUCAUAUUUGCUACACAAUUGAUUAACCUUGAGCUUUUUCUGUUGAUUUUUGUCUUCAGGUCAUCAGGGCUCUACACUGGUGGGGUUUUUUUUUUUAAGGAACACAUGUUUUAAGUUUUUUUUUUUUGUUGGUUUUUUAAAGUCAAAUAUUUGAGGGGGGAGGAGUGAUCCUCCAAAGACAUGCUGUCAGUCAUAUAUCAUUUUUUGUUUUGACUUGACCUCACUUUAACAUAUUUAAUCCUCUGUGUUCUGAAGCAGUUCAAAUCAGUCUGAUGCUUGAUUAUGGUUGUAUUACCAUCGUUAUACAAUCACAAUGAUUUACCUUGGUUCUUUUUGCAAUGAAUGCAUAUAAUGAACAGCAAGUGUGAUAUUUUCCUUUAGACUCUUCUGGUGAAAUUAAAAAAAGUAAACACGGGUAAAUAAAAAGAGCAUUAUAGUGUCAUUCUGGAAUGUCUGAACAUAAGUUUAAUACGUUUCUUUUAACCAGCUUCAGCCUUU